AUGUCUAUUGAAUUGUGGAGUCGUAAUACCAUUUCUGUGGCCUUAAAAGGUCUCAGGAAAUAUGCCUCGUUCAUCGGACCGGGAAUCAUGGUUUCUGUGGCAUAUAUGGACCCGGGCAAUUAUUCUACUGCAGUUCUGUCCGGUGCCAUGUAUGGUUAUGACCUCUUAUUUGUGGUAUUUAUGUCCAAUUUGUUUGCCGUUAUUUUGCAAUGUUUGUGUGUCAAGUUGGGGACGGUGACUGGGCUUGACCUUGCCGAAAUGUGUCGGUUGCACUUGCCAUAUUGGCUCAAUUUGUCGUUAUAUGUGUGUGCUGAAAUUGCCAUUAUAGCCACAGAUUUGGCUGAAGUUGUAGGCACGGCAAUAGCAUUGGAGAUUUUGUUUGGUAUUCCAUUGAUAUAUGGAGUUUUCAUUACUGUGCUUGAUGUUUUGAUAGUUUUGAUGGCUUAUCACAAAGAUGGUUCUAUGCGACAAACGAGAACAUUCGAAAUCAUGGUUUCAAUAUUGGUGUUAGCAACUUGUGUUUGCUUUGUGGUUGAGUUAUUCAAGUGUGACUUUGAACCAGGUGCCCUUGGCUCCAUAGUAAAGGGGUUCUUGCCCGUGAACAGCGAGAUUUUCAGAGAGUCAAAUGCCCUCUUCUUGAGUUGUGGUAUCGUUGGGUCUACAGUUAUGCCUCAUUCUCUCUUUUUGGGCUCGGCUUUGGUCCAGUCUCGCUUGAAAGAGUACGAUGAAAAACAUGGCCGUAUUGUUCAGCACGAAGAUACCGAUGAAGAGCCAGCACAGUUGCCCAAUACAGUGAGCAAGUUCCGUAGCAUUUCCGAUGGAAGUGCUCUUGCUCACCGGUACAGACCUUCACAAGCUGCUAUCAAGUACUGCUUAAACUUCUCGUACGCAGAAUUGAUUUUCUCGUUGUUUUUGAUAGCAGUGUUUGUCAAUGCAGCUAUAUUGAUUGUCGCUGGAAGUACGCUUUACAGAAAACCGGAUGCCGAAGACGCUGACCUCUUGUCCAUCUAUGAGAUGCUUUCGUACUAUAUUUCGCCUGCUGCCGGCUUGGUAUUUGCUCUUUCGAUGUUGUUUUCGGGUCAAAGUGCUGGCAUUGUCUGUACUAUGGCAGGUCAAAUUAUUUCUGAGGGCUUCAUAAACUGGACGUUCCGGCCUUGGAUCCGUCGUAUCAUUACUCGUGUGCUUGCUAUCAUUCCUGUCGUUAUUGUCAUAUCCAUCUUGGGCCGUGAAGGAGUUUCUAAAAUCAUGAAUUCUUCACAAGUGGUGUUGAGUUUCAUACUUCCAUUGGUAAGUGCACCAUUGAUAUACUUUACAUGCUUGAAGCAAUUUAUGGUGGUUUACGAUGCAGCUCCUCAAUCAGAAACCACUCCAUUAUUAGAAGGACACCAGGAACCCGUUACAGUAACCAAAAUCACCUAUGAAAAUAGCAGGUGGUUGGCAGGUGCCAGCAUCGCUACGUGGGCCAUCAUUUCUUUCUUGAAUAUUUAUUUGAUUAUAGCAUUUGCCAAUGGCGCAGACAUUUAA